CUGGCUCGAGCCUCGGUUGAGGUGCCGGUGAAUGUAAACUGCAGUCCGUGGGGAGAGAAGAUGCCGUUCCACCACGUCAGGUCUACUCUGCUCUACACUGGAAGUCUCCUGAGCCGGACUCUGUCUGAAGGGAGCGAAACCUUCCAACUCACCAGUAUCUCCACGGAGGAGCUAGGAGAGAUCCGGGAGGCGUUCCGGGUGCUGGACCGGGAUGGGAACGGGUUCAUCUCUAAGCAGGAGCUGGGCAUGGCUAUGAGAUCCCUGGGGUACAUGCCCAGUGAGGUGGAGCUGGCCAUCAUCAUGCAGAGACUAGACAUGGAUGGUGAUGGUCAGGUUGACUUUGAGGAGUUUGUGACGAUAUUGGGACCCAAACUGCUGUCGUCUGAGACCAGAGAAGGUUUCCUUGGAAGCACCAUUGAUAACAUAUUCUGGCAGUUUGACAUCCAGCAGAUGUCCCUGGACGAGCUGAAGCAGGUUCUGUUUCACGCAUUCCGAGACCACCUGACGAUGAAGGACAUCGAGAACAUCAUCAUCAACGAAGAGGAGAGCCUCAACGAGACAGGGAACUGCCCCGAAUACGAGGGAGUCCAUCCUAAGAAGAAGAACAGACAGACAUGCGUGAGGAAGAGCCUGAUCUGCGCCUUUGCCAUGGCCUUCAUUAUCAGCGUCAUGCUCAUCGCGGCCAAUCAGAUGCUGCGGAAUGGCAUGGAGUAAGCCAAUCACACUGUGAGCCUGGGGAGUGGGCCUUACAGUUAAAUGACCUCACUUCCUCUCUCUGCAGCAAAAACAGGAAGACAGGAAGACAGACCAGCCAGAACCCAAACACCUCUGUGAAGGACAACUAUCUGUUAUUUUAAUGACGUUUGUUUUGAUUUAUAUCAUGAACAGUAAACAGACAAGAGAGUGCAAGUACUGAAGGACACACAUGGAAAAUGUCGUUUUCAGUGGAAAAAAUCAAAUCAAAAACACUAAGAGGACUUGAUGAACAGACCGGACAUGAUACAAAGCAAUCUUUUAUAUGUUGUGGGCAUAAAGGGAUUCCUUUCAUUUCUGUAUCAGAAGGCCACCCCUUUAAGAAUGAUUUUCUAACCACCCCUUUAAAAUAAAUGUUUUUUUUUAACCUCCUAUUUAAAAGAUCAAUUGUUUAAUCAAAAGCAAUCUAUUGAACAUGCAUCAGGUGCUUUGAGCCAUUCCUAAUUUUUAACUGAACUUUUGGUUCUGGGUUUACUUCAGGAGGGAAACAUUACCUGACUAGCGCUCCUGCUGUUUAAUGUUUUAAACUGUAUCUAAAUGUGUUAAUCUGUUAUUUUUUAUUAUUAUUCUACUAUCUUAUAUUUACAUUUUAUAGUCACUCACCUGUGGACAUUAUACCAAUGUAUGUUUACACUGUAACAGAGAUGGUUCGCGACUUGAGGACAAACUCGUGUUAGCUCCCAGAACAAACCCCUAGGCUUUAGCUCAGCUGACUUCCAUAGUCUUAAAUCACAUAGGCAUCAUUCUACACCUGACAUUCCCUCCCUCACAAUGUUGCUACAGUAUAGUCGACUGUCUGUCUGUCUCUGUGUCUGUCUGUAUGCACUGCAUGUGACUCCGUGGAUAUUUAAAGGCACUGUAUGUAUGCACAAUA